UCUUUUUAUUCAAGUUAAUUUAAAGCACUUUAAUCAGCUUGGGUUGUUUUUCAAUGUAUUUUUUUAAAUUUCUAGACAUGUAUAUGCCUCAGUUUAAAAAAUGCACAUAAAGUGGAAGGAGACAAGUGUUAUUUAAAGGUUAGUUUUUCAUUUCUGCAUUGUGCAAACAGUCUCUGUUAUUUGUUUUAAAUUCUAGAGUUAAUUUAUGAAUAAAGAAGCAAAAAGAAGUGACACAGAGAACAAAAUGUCAUCCCUGGAAAAUAGCAAGAGCUGCAGGAGUCCAGACGUGCCUGAAGAUGAAGGAGAAGAGGGACGCAGCUCCAAACAGAGACACUCUGAGGAGAAACCUCAGUGUGAACAGUGCGGCAGGAGAUUUGCUAACGCAAGGAAUCUGAAGCAACAUCAGCAAAUUCACACAGGAGAAAAGCCUCACAUCUGUAGCUACUGCAGCAAGGGUUUCCGAACCUUGAGCAAUCUGAAAGCUCAUCAGAAGAGCCACAUUGGGGAGAAGCCUUACAGCUGCAGCCAGUGUGGAAAGAGUUUUACUCAGUCAGCCUCCCUGAAGGAGCAUCAGAGAAUCCACACAGGAGAAAAGCCCUUUCUCUGUGAGUUGUGUGGAAGAACUUUUAGAUGUUUGCAUUCUUUUAAGUAUCAUCUACUUGUCCACAAAGGAAAAAAGGCUCAUAUCUGUAGCUACUGCAGCAAGGGUUUCUUAACCUUGAGCAAUCUGAAAGCUCAUCAGAGGAUCCACACUGGGGAGAAGCCUUACAGCUGUGACAGAUGUGGACGAUGCUUCACUUGGUCAGUAACUUUGAAGCAGCAUCUGAGAAUCCACGAUGAAGAGAGAUCUUAACCACAUCCAUCAACUGAUGCCUCCAGCUGCUAUAAGUUUUGUCUUGCUGUUUCACAGACACCAACAGUGGAAACGUCUUUGAAUUAAACUAAUUUUCAUGUAA